AUGCAGAACACAGCAGAGAAGGAAGAGUUCAAGAACUACUUGGAGAAGAGUGGUGUCAUUGAUGCCAUGACAAAGGUGCUCGUUGGUCUAUAUGAAGAGUCAGAGAAGCCAUCAGAUGCUCUAGAGUUCAUUAAGAAGCAUCUUGGAAACUCACUGGGUAUUGACGUUGAUGCCCUGAAGCAAGAGAAUGUUGAGCUCAAGGCUGAGGUCGGUGCCCUCACACAGAGAAUUGAGGAGUUGACCAAGAAGUUGGAGGCCGUUCAGAAGGGUUUGUAA